UAACGAACGGACCAAUAAUGUCUUAAGAGAGAAAAAAGAACAUCCUUUUCCUUUUCUACGGUUUCUGGAGAGAACUUGUGUGGAUUUGCAAACCUAUGGUGGCUGCCCAGAAUAUGAAAUUUGGCAUCAUUCUUUUGUGGUGGGGAUGGGUUCUGGCUACUGAAGGCCGAAUGCACUGGCCGGGAAGAGAAGUACACGAGAUGUCUCAGAAAAGCAGUAGACCUCAAAGACAGAGACGGGAAGCUCACGAAGAUACCCACAAGCAAGGCAGCCCAAUUCUGAAACGAAGUCCUGACAUCACCAAGUCGCCCCUGACAAAGUCAGAGCAGCUUCUGCGGAUCGAUGACCACGAUUUCAGCAUGAGGCCUGGCUUCGGAGGCCCAGCUAUUCCUGUUGGUGUGGAUGUGCAGGUGGAGAGCUUGGACAGCAUCUCCGAGGUUGACAUGGACUUCACGAUGACCCUCUACCUGAGGCACUACUGGAAGGACGAGAGGCUGUCCUUUCCGAGCACCAACAACCUUAGCAUGACAUUUGACGGGCGGCUGGUCAAGAAGAUCUGGGUCCCUGACAUGUUCUUCGUGCACUCCAAGCGCUCCUUCAUCCACGACACCACCACAGACAACGUGAUGCUGCGCGUCCAGCCGGACGGCAGAGUGCUGUACAGCCUCAGGGUUACGGUGACCGCCAUGUGCAACAUGGACUUCAGCCGAUUCCCGCUGGACACACAGACGUGCUCGCUUGAAAUCGAGAGCUACGCCUACACGGAAGACGACCUCAUGCUGUACUGGAAGAAAGGCAACGACUCCUUAAAGACAGACGAGCGGAUCUCGCUCUCCCAGUUCCUCAUUCAGGAAUUCCACACCACCACGAAGCUGGCCUUCUACAGCAGCACGGGCUGGUACAACCGCCUGUACAUCAACUUCACCUUGCGGCGCCACAUCUUCUUCUUCUUGCUCCAAACCUAUUUCCCCGCCACCCUGAUGGUCAUGCUGUCCUGGGUGUCUUUCUGGAUCGACCGCAGAGCUGUGCCUGCCAGAGUUCCCUUGGGCAUCACCACGGUGCUGACCAUGUCCACCAUCAUCACGGGCGUGAACGCCUCCAUGCCGCGCGUGUCCUACAUCAAGGCCGUGGACAUCUACCUCUGGGUCAGCUUCGUGUUUGUGUUCCUCUCGGUGCUGGAGUACGCGGCCGUCAACUACCUGACCACGGUGCAGGAGCGGAAGGAGCGGAAGCUACGGGAGAAGCUCCCUUGCACCUGUGGGCUACCUCAGCCCCGGGCUGUGAUGCUGGAUGGCAGCUACAGCGAUGUUGAAGUGAACGACCUGAGCAGCUUCGUGCCAGACAAUGGAGAGAAGCCGGACAGGAUGAUGGUGCAGCUGACCCUGGCCUCGGAGAGGAGCUCCCCACAGAGGAAAAGCCAGAGAAGCAGCUACGUGAGCAUGAGGAUCGACACCCACGCCAUUGAUAAAUACUCCAGGAUCAUUUUCCCAGCUGCAUACAUUCUAUUCAAUUUAAUAUACUGGUCUAUUUUCUCAUAGAUGCCUGUGAUUCUGUACGUUUCCUGUUCUCCAGGGUAUGCACUACGAAAUACUUGUGUUAUGAAAAAGAAUUUCAGGCUAUGGUAAACAAAUUCUCAGUAACCACCCAUUGUUUCACUGUCCCUUCUCCAGCUUUCCAAAGCUAUGCUGAUAAGACACUU